GUCCACUCUCCAGGUAUCAUCGACCAGAUACCCGUUGGCCGCAUCCUUGAAGGCAUCAAGAGGGAGGAGCUCCGGCGACUUGCGCUUCGCAACAGCUUCAGCUCCUCCGCUUUUUCCGAUUACAGCUCGUGCUUCACUUCUGACUCCUCCAUUGCAUACCCCAUUGCACGGCCUAUAGAGCUGAAAGAGAUUAUAAAAGCGACGGAAAACUUUCAAUUAGACAUGUUCAUAGGGGUAGGAGUCAUGUGUCAAGCUUUUAGAGCAUGGAUCGAUGAACAUACCCUCAUUGCUUCGAAGCCUGGCUCUGGAAUGGCUGUUACAGUUAAAAAAUGGUCGAAUUUCAUGGAAAGACCUCAAGAUUGGUUGAAGAAAAUUGAUAAUUUGGUGCAACUUCGUCAUCCAAGCUUGGUCAGCUUCAUUGGGUACUGUACGGAAGAAUACAACAUGAUGUUGGUGUACGAGUUCAUGCCCCAUGGACGCUUGUCGGAUCACUUAUUCACUACUCAAUACCAAUCAUUACCUUGGGCGAGGAGAAUCAAGAUCGCUAUAGAUAUUGCUAGAGGGCUUAGCUACUUGCACGAACGAGAUAUACCUAUCAUACACCGAGAUUUCAAGACGGCUAACGUUCUUCUAGAUUGGGAAUUGAAUGCUAAGCUAUCUAACUAUUGUUACGGCACAGAUGAUCCUACCAGUGAAAUGACUUCCAUACCAACUCGUCAAAUAUUUGUUUCACCUGGAUAUACUCCACCAGAAUAUAUAUCGAAAGGUCGCCUGACUACUAAAUCGAAUGCAUACACCUUCGGAGUUGUUUUACUAGAAUUGCUAUCUGGCACCGUCGUAUCAAAUCUGAACAUGGAACAAUCCUACUUUAAUAAAAAGUCAAAAUUACUGCAGAUUUUGGAUAUCCGAUUAGAGGGUCAGUACUCUCGUGAUACAGCAUAUAAAGUCGUGAAGCUUGCAUUGAAGUGCCAAAACAUGGACCCAAAAUCAAGACCAAGAAUGAGUGAUGUUGUGGUUGCACUAGAGCAGUUGCAACUUGCAAGACCAUGAACCUAUGUAAUGACCAGAAGCCUAGACGGUUUAUGGCUUAGUACAUGGUUGUAGAGCUAGCUCGCCAUUGCAUGAGCAUAGGACCAAAAUGAACAACCCUUGAUGGAUGCGUGUAAACUAUGUUGCCAAGAUCUUCGUAAGUUCCACAAACAGAGAGCUUGAAGAUUGAGUAAAGAAAAAUUAUGAGCGAUCUUUUUGAAGGCUAGAUGAUGGUCUCUUAGUUGAGGCUUUGAAAUUGUGUUGUUGAUUACAGUGUUUAGACAUGGUUUCUAUAGGAUUAUACUAAAAUAACAAUCUACCACGAAUGAGAACUCUUAUAUUUAGCAGCAAA